CUUGUAUUAUAUUGUAAACUCUUUAAUAUCUCCAUUCCGCAUGAAAACAUGGUAUUAAACAUUGUUCUUGCCCAUCACUACAAACUGCAUGGGGUAAUUAACAUUAAAAAUGGAACAUUUUUAGAUUGAGCAUUCCUUUAACAACUAGCCCAUUUUAGAGUCUACAUAAGUCUGCAUUCAUACAAAGCAAUCCCAAUUAUUCAUAGCCCGAAGGUUAACAGUUUGGAUUCUUUGGUUCUUCUGUAAAAUUCACAGAUUUCAUCAUUUUACUAAAGAAAGCUGCUUCCACAAGAAAUGUAUGUCUAGAAGUAACAUAGCCAACACAGACACUGACAUCAAAGAUAGCUGAGCUUAUCGAUGUUUGUCAUCAGUUAACCAAAGCACUGUGUGUUUUUAUAAGUGAUUAAAAGCACAUAUUCUGUGAAAACUACAAGGCUUUUUGGUACAUCAGUUACUUUUUGACAUCUUCUUGUAAAUAAAGUCUUCAUGUACUGUUUUGCAGGGUUUAUAGAUAAGAAGACUUACAAUGAAGGAUUCCCUCAUCUGAAGAUAGUCUUGGUUGGAAGAAGUGGAAUUGGAAAAAGCACCUUAUUUAACAGUUUGGUUGUGAAUGAAGAGUUCACGACUGAUCCUGCCAAACAAUCAGCCACUGAACACUGUGAAAUAUUUCAUGGGGUGAGAGAUGGUCGACACAUCACUGUCAUCGAUACUCCAGGUUUCUUCAGUUCUCAGUUUUCCAAUGAGCAAGUCGCAGAUAAAAUUCAAACAGACAUUAAAAUGGCCUCUCCGGGCCCUUUUUUGUUUCUUUUGGUGGUGGAGGUGGACAAUUUCACAUCGGAAGACACAGAAACAGCUAACAUAAUUGAAAAAAUUUUGGAUGGAAGCAUAGCAAAUAUGAUGGUGGUUUUCACCCAGGGAUGUCGUCUCAAGAGUACAAUUGAAGAAUACGUUCAGGGUUCUAAUGAAAACCUCCAGAAGCUUUUGGAAAAGUGUGAGCAGAGGUAUCUUGUUCUCUACAACACUGCAAUGAAUUUACAACAUUUAAAAGAGUUGUUCAAAAUAAACGACCAGCUCAUUCAAAAGGAUGGAUUUUGGAAGGAUGGGAAUGUGGAAGAGACUGAGAGAGUUUCAAAGCGAAAAUCAAGUUUAGAUGUUGUUCCUCCAGAUUUGUCCUAUACUCCUUCUGAAUGAAUCGAAGAACUGAGAUAUGUUUUCUUAAGUAAUUAAAUCUUAGUGAGAAGAAAAUCGAGAAACAAAGCUGAAAUAUGACAAUUAUUUCUGCCUCCAAUUUCUUCAAUGUUUCAACGAAUCAGAUGUCUAUCCUUAAGCCAGCAGGCUUCUGUCUGAGAGAGAGGACAUUUUCAAUCUUGUGAGUGCACACCACUGUUUUGUGACACUCUUCUGCUUGGCACCUAAAAAUGGAGUUGAUCACUUCAGGAGGGGCAAACAUGAUUACCUGGACCAUGCUGUCUUUGGAUCUUUAACCUGGUAAAGGACUGAAGAAUUUAAUUAAGGAUGUUUUCUUCCUUUUGAAUUAAAAAAAAUGUUGUCUGUUUAAUGUAAAGGAAAUUUUAUUUUUAUAUAUAAUGAGGAUAAAAACUUUAGGCUUUUUAGUAUGUUAAAUACAACCUUUAAUAUUUAAUGUAUGCAUUUUCAUUAUUUAGAUACAAUGUAGUUUUUAAGUGAAUAAGAUGUGUACAUUUAAACAGGAGUUUAGCAUAAAGAUUUGAAAAAAAGCAAGUGCAGGUACAUGACAGGCAGACAAUGAGCUUGCAGAUCAUAAGGGCUGAUGAUAUCCUGCUGUCGAGGUGGGGCGAGAUGCUGCAGAGAGAAGGUGCAAGGGCCAGCAAGAGAAGCAAAGUUUUAGAGGACAUUGUGGGCUAAAUUUGAGACUACCUUAGAAAAGGAGGCAAGGAGGACCUUUAGAUGUGUUGUUCUUUUAACCAGCAGCUAAAUAGAUUGACAAGAAUAACUGUUCGGCCACCACCAGUUGUAUUCUAGUUGUUUGGAAGCCUCUUGUAUUUGUACACAAAUAAUUAAUGCUGUGACAGGAAGUGGUGACAGUAGGACAUUGGUGCAUUUGUUCACCAUCCAUUUUAUUUAAGCCUUGUAAAGGAAUUCUCUGUGUGGUGUUAUAUUUUUUGUUGUGUAUCUUUUAUGUGAAUAAUUUUAGUGAGGGAAAUUUUAAAGCCAAUGUUAUAUUUGUAAUAUGUAAGCAUUGAGCUCUUGGUCAUAGAAGCAGACUGUACAUAAAAUGCGACUGUACUUACCUGACAUUUUUAUACAAGUACUUACUAGUAUCUGUAUAGAUUUGUAUUUACAGUUUCACAACAUCUCCCUGUGGUUCUGAUAGUUACUGCAUGAAUGUGUUUAGCUUGCUGUAUACAAUAACUGAAUUGGAGAUUUAGUGAGGCCAGUGCAAUAACCAAUUUUGAAGAUGCAACGAAACAUCAUGCUGUCAGAGGAUGAAAGUAUAGCAUCACCUACAAAAAGAAAAAUGCUCUUCACUGGAGGAAAGGAGAAAGGCUGAGCCAUGGUGCAUACUUUUAAAGAACGCCAUAGGGCAUCUCUUUCUUGGUGAUUCAGACAUUGAUUUGAAUUGUUCCAGUUGUAUGUUUUCUUCUGCUUCUGAUUUCUAUUAUUUAAUGCUUGGUUUCUCUGCAAAAAUUGUAAAUAAUGAUUGAAAUAAAGUUUAAGUAUUAUGUCAUUG